AUGGAGAAACCGCAAAAUGUUGCAGAACUACGGAGAUUCCUGGGAAUGAUCAACCACCAACAAAAGCUCAUCGAAAAUCUGUCUGAGAAGACUAUGCGUCUUCGCAAUCUUCUUUCAAGCAAGAACGAAUGGCACUGGAGUCAAGCUCAAGAAGAAUCUUUCACUCGCUUGAAGAAAGAAAUGGCUCAAGCGCCAGUUCUUGCUCAUUACUGCUCCAAUAAAGAAACUAUUAUAUCUGCAGACGCGUCGUUGUAUGGAUUAGGAGCAGUCCUCUUACAAGUCCAAGAAGAUGACUCAAAGAAGCCAAGCGCCUUCGCUUCGCGCUCUACGACGUCUACGGAACAAAGAUACGCUCAAAUAGAGAAAGAAGCACUCGCAACUCCUUGGGCUUGUGAAAAGUUUGCAGACUUUGUCCUCGAUAAAGAGUUCCUUAUUGAAACGGAUCACAAACCGUUGGUGCCGUUACUAGGAUCAAAAUGUCUCCAGGACAUGCCACCACUCCAUGUACCCGGAAAAGACCUCACCACAGCUGAUACCUUAUCAAAAGCACCACUUCACCGAAGUCUCACGAAAGACGAGAAGAAACCUAACGAAGAUUUAAACCUCUAUGUCUCACACAUAGUAGAAUGCCUGCCCACUACAGGGUGCCGCUUGCAAGAAAUACGCCUUCAUCAGGACGAAGACGAAGUCUGUUCAAAGCUUAAGCUGUUCUGCAGUGAAGGCUGGCCAGAGAAACAUCACUUGAAUUGUUCACUCCAACCGUACUUGCAGUACAGGGCAGAAAUCACAGUUCAGCAGGGAAUUCCCUCAGUGUUAAGACUCGAUGUAUUAGACAAGGUACACACAGGUCAUCAAGGCAUCCAGAAAUGCCCUGAAAGAGCGAAAGGUGGUGUCUGGUGGACGAAUCUCAGCAAGCAGAUAGAAGAUCUUGUCAGGGCAUGCCCUACUUGUAUCAAGAUGAAAACUAAUCGUGCAGAGUCCAUGAUUCCUACACAGUUACCUGAGCGUCCAUUCCAAAAAGUAGGAACCGAUCUAUUCGAAUGGAAAGGACAGGAAUUUGUCCUCGUGGUAGAUUUCUUCUCGCGGUAUUGCGAGAUUGGCGUACUUCGAAAAGCCACCUCUCAAGAAGUAAUCAAUCACCUAAAAGCGAUUUUCGCGCGCCAUGGAAUUCCAGAAACCGUGAUCUCCGAUAACGGACCGCAGUAUUCCUCAGCGGAAUUCACCAAAUUUGCAGAAAAAUGGGGAUUCACACACAUUACAAGCAGUCCAAAAUACCCACAAAGCAACGGAGAAGCUGAACGCAUGGUGCAAACAACUAAAAACCUCCUUACAAAAUCUGACGAUCCGUAUGAAGCACUACUCGCUUACAGAGCUACUUCACUGGAAAACGGAUUUAGCCCAGCCGAACUAUGCGUGGGACGGCAACUACGCACCACCCUUCCAACUACUCCGUCUAAACUAACACCGCAAUGGCCAGAGUUAACGACAUUGCGUGAAAAGGAAGCCAAGAUUAAGACUGAGCAAAGGAAAGAGUACAACUGA